AAUGUACAUACAUAUAUAUGUGCGUGUGAUUUAUCGCAAUUAUACUCGCGCCGAUCAAGGUCCGCUGCACCGGACGGCGAAAGGAUGAAGGCGUGAUCGGCAUUAACAACAACAUUUUAUUGGGUAUAACACGAAAAGCUGCUGCUGCUGCUUGUACGUUCAGUGUUUACAUUUUGCUGGUGCGAGCGCGAGCUCGGGAUCGAGAGACACGCGAAAGUAUAUAAAUAUUAAUGUUGUUUGCGGUGGGCUAUAAUGUUACUGAAACGAUCAUCGAUCAUCGCGGAACUGUCAGAUUACUAAGUGUCUACAAGUGUACCCGAGUGAAGAGGUUUUUCGUACCGCAGAAUUUUGCAAACACUUGUUAAGUUGGUUCGAUCAGCGAAAGCGGUGUUGAUACAUACACUUACUCUUUGUUGAAAUUUGGAAAAAGUUAAAUGGACUCGUGGAGCGGAGGAGGAGGAGACAUGGCACCGGAGUACGGGACCGAGAGCGCGACGAUCGACAUCGACGGCGACGAAAAGUUCCCCGCCACGCCGAAUCUGGCCCAGGAUUUGGGCUUCUGGAUGACGAGGCUACCCCAGAGGCUACGCUCGCUCCCGAUCGUGCAACUAGCCAUUCCUGGUUCCCACAACACGAUGACCUACACGAUCGAGCGCAACAACGACGUGGGCCCGGACGAGUCGAAGAUGAUCCGGACGCUUGGUCGUUACUUUGGGGUGGUCACGAAACCCGUGAUCUUCAACUGGUCGGUCAACCAGUACGAAAGCGUCAAGGACCAACUGGACGGGGGCAUACGCUACCUCGACCUGCGCGUCGCCACCAAGCCCAACGACGACAAGGUCUACUUCCUCCACGGUCUCUACGGCUCCGAGAUCGGCGAGCCGCUCCGCGAGGUCGCCAACUGGCUCGACGCCCACCCUCGGGAACUGGUCAUCCUCGACUUCCAGCACUUUUACGAUUUCGAGGAGGUGCGCCACCGCGGCUUGAUUGACCAGCUGCGAGCGAUCUUCCACCGCAAGAUGUGCCCGGUCAGCCACCACCAGAAGCUCGACCACACGUCCCUCGACUGGCUCGCCUCGGAGCGCUACCAGGCGCUGAUCGUCUACAGGAAUCCCAUUGCACGCGAGUACAGAGACCUAUGGCCCUCCGGGCUGUGGCCCACACCCUGGCCAAACACCGUGAGCACCUCGAAGCUCGUCGACUUCCUGGACGCGGGGCUCCGCGAGCGUAGCCGGGACACUGGCUUUGUUUCCCAGUGCCUGCUGACGCCCAGCACGGCUUACGUGGCCAGGCACAUCUGUGGUAGUCUGCACCGCGACCUGAGCGCCCAGUGCCGCAGAGCUAUCUUGCCCUGGCUGGAGCGCUGCUCGCCUGGCAGUGGGGGUCUCAACAUUGUCAUAACCGACUUCGUGUCCUUCGACCAGUUCUCUUUUUCCAAGCUCGUUGUCCAGCGCAACGCGUCACUACUCAAGCACAAGUCGUAACUCGUGAUCAUGCCUGAAACCCAUUUACAUUUUCUGUGCCGUCUACGAUCGAGUGGCUUGUCUUAGCUUUUGUACGAU